GACCACUCUUUCCUCUGGAUUUUGUCCUCCUCCCCCAUUCACGAGCGAAACUUCCAUCAUGUCUUCACUAUCAUCUUCUUCAUCUUCAUCUCCAUCUUCAUCUCUUCCUACUCCUUCAAACACAACCUCAUCUUAUCUUCUAUCUCUCUUCAACUCAUGUCUUCAUUCAACCUCUUUCUCUUUUCCAACUUUCAUAACCAUGUCUUCUUUUUCUAAGUUGUUGUUGUUGUUGUAGUUCUUGUUAUACUCUCUGUUUUUCAAGAAAUACAUGCUUUACAACUUAUAAAUCUAUUACAAGUUGAAGAAGAAAUCCAAGAAAGCAUGGCUUCAGUUUCCAAUCCACAACAAUCUCCAACUCCACUUCAUCUCCACCAAAAACUAGACCUUGAAUCCAUUCACAAAUUGAUAACAGUUGUAGACCAUCAUAUUGUCAACUUCCUUUCUGAUUCUAUUGCCAGGAAAUCACUGCAACUCAAGUGCAGUGCUAAACUCAGCAUUGAGAAUCACAACUACUUUGAAUUCUCUGAACACUCUGUUCUUUCUAACCUUUACUGGGGUGUAGAAAACAUUGAAAUUGCUAUUCAAUCUGAAUGUUUAGAUGAAAAGAAUCAUCGUCUGGUUGAGUCGGAGAAGAUGUUGCAGAUACCGGCUUUGUUAGAAGAAAACGGUAGCACUGCCGGAGUUUCGAAUCAGUACAUAAUAUGUUGUUCAUAUUUCUAUCUCUCACUUGUUAGGAAGCUCAGAGGUGAUCAAUGGCAAAUGACAAUUCACUUCCUUCAGUGCUUCUUGGUUUCUGCUCAAUGGGUAAGAACAGAGCUUGAGCUUGAUUCAUGGGAAGCUUUUUUCGGUUCGAUAACUUAUCGAGGCAAUGCUGAAGCCAUUGAUGAAGCUGCAAGACUUCAAGCAAGAAGAUACAAAGAUUGGUUGAUGUACUACCAGGUGGUUUCUUAUGGUGAAUUGCCGGAAAGCUCCAGAAAUUUCAUGAUCACUGGGAAUUCUGAGUCUGUUAAGGGAACAUUGAACCAGUCAGUUUCUCAUGAUGCUAAAAUGGUCUACCAACUUGAACUUCAGGAAUACAUCAAAAGAGAGAGUUUUACCGAAAUGGAGGACCGAAGAGACCUUAUGAAAAAUUUCAAUGGAAGUCAUCAUCUGGAUGUCAAGGAAGCUUUCGACAUGAGACGACUCCAAGAAAUGCUCGAAGAUUCACAAUCUGAUACAUCCGGCUCCCUUUUACUCCAAUAUCGAUACUACGGAAGCAACAGAGAACAAUUGCAAAAUGAAGGGAGCCCGGCCGAGGUCAUGUCAGCAAAUUCAAAUGCCUUUGCACCUAAACUUGAUGAUCGUGAUUUUAUAGACCAAAGCUCAUCUGUAGAUUAUUCGGAUAAAUGCAUGGCCGAAAUGUCUACAUAUCUAAACAAUCAUGAAGUCAAUGAAGUGAAUGCUAGUUUAUUACCAUCAAGAAAAUCACAAAGUUCACUAGACAAACUAUGUUUGCCAAUGUUGAGCUUAAGAGAUGUUGAGUCUCAUCACUUCUCCAAAUGCAAUUUUGAAGAUUGGGUACCCUCAGCGAGAUCACCGACACGUGAAAUACGAUGUUUCAGUAAUUUUCCGUCGAAGUUUCUGAAGAAAUGCAGCAUACCAGAAUUUGUUCAGCGAGGAAACUUCACAAAGAAAAGAUUGAACUUGUCAAACAGUGAUAAAGAUUGGAGUGAGGAAAGCUCAAAUUAUGAGAAGGAUACUCGAAUACAACUUCUAGGAAGAUUUGAGAAGGCAGUGGAAAUGCUAUGCUUCUCAGAAGGUCGAGGCAAAAGCGAAGAUGCUGGCCUCGAAGUCUUGGCUGUGUGGGAAAUGCUGAAUAACAAGUCAGAGGUAAAUUACACAUCACUGAAGCAUGUGAUACUUCACCAAUUAUUAGAGAUCAUUUCAGCAUCCAAAAGAGAAAAUCUUAUACGAGCAUCGGUUUCCACACUCUUGUAUUUGAUUUCUGAAGACAAAACUAUCAUUGAGGAAAUCAGGAAAAAAGAUCAACAUUUGCGUGAUUUCGCUUGUGCUCUAAAGAAAAACAUACCUGAGGCUGUUAUACUGAUCUAUUUGCUGCAUCCAUCACCUUUGGAGAUAAAAAGUUUAGAACUUCUCCCACAACUUGUGGAUGUUGCUUGCAACUUGAACAAUCAGAAAGAGGGUUCUGCAUUUCUUCCAUUGACACCAACCUCGGCUUCGAUCGCUAUCAUUGAAAUUUUAGUAACUUCAUUUGACUAUGUGACUAAUAACAUGCACUUGGCUCUGAUCAGCUCGCCUCGGAUUGUCGCAAAACUCGUGAAUGUUGCAAUGAACAAGAAUUUAGAAGAAGUUGUAGCAUUAGCAGGAAUUCUUGUGAAGUGUAUGCGUACCAGUGGGAAUUGCAGAAAGUAUUUGUCACAAAUUCCGGCUUUAGAUCCUUUUCUUCAUCUCCUCAGCAUCAAUGAAAAGCGAGGGAAAUUUGCAGCACUUGAAUAUUUUCAUGAGAUCCUUCACAUGCCAAGGUCAUCGGCAAUUCAACUGCUGCAACAGAUACAACAACAUGAGAUGAUUAAAAUUACGCAAGCGUUAAAUACAUGCAUAAAACAAGACAAAAUAGAACAUCAACUCUUAGCAGCAAAUCUUCUGCUUCAACUAGACAUGCUGGGUCAAAAUAGCAGGAAAAGUGAAUUUAAAGAAGAGGCAAUGGAGGUCAUACUAAAAGCAGUUGGAUCUGAAGAGAACUCCAGUGCACAGGCACUUGCAGCAUCUAUUCUUUCAAAUCUUGGAGGUACUCAUGCAUGGACAGGUGAACCAUACACAGCAGCAUGGUUAGUAAGGAAAGCAGGCUUAACAUCUGUAUACCAGAGGAACAUGAUCAGAAGUGUUGACUGGUUAGAUCCCUGUCUACAGGACAGUGAAUUAGAUGCAUGGAAUGGAAAGGUGGCAAGAGGUGUGAUCAAAAUAGGCAAUUCUGUCUUUAAUACUUUGGCAAAGGGAAUCAACAGCAAGACGAGAAGUGUUUCGCAUGACUGUCUCAUAACUAUUGCAUGGCUUGGAAGUGAAAUGGCAGUUAAUGGUCCGAGUAGUAUCCGGUAUUCUGCUUGUGAGAUUUUAUUGAACAAAGUGGCACAUUUUCUUCAUCCUGGUUCGGAGCUUGAUGAGCGAGUUCUAGCAUGCCUAUGUGUCUAUAACUACACUUUCGGCAAAGGUAAGCAGAAACUAAUGAACUUUUCUGAGGGUUCAAGGGAAUCACUUAGACGACUUUCCGGUAUCACCUGGAUGGCUGAAGAAUUACUGAAAGUAACUGAUUUUUUUCUGCCAACCAAAUCGCGUGUAUCAUGUGUACAUACACAAAUUUUGGAGAUAGGAAAUGUCAGCAACAUUGCAUCAACUGCUCUUAUUUUCUACAAGGGACUUCUUUGUGCUGGUUACUCAGAUGGCACUAUUAAGGCUUGGGACAUUAAGGGGCAAAGAGCAACUCUUGUAUGUGAGAUCAAAGAACACAAAAAACCGGUUACUUGUUUUGCACUUUUCGAACAAGGAGACCGGCUUUUAAGUGGAUCGUCCGACAAGACUGUCAGGGUUUGGCAAAUGGUACAAAAGAAAUUUGAAUGCAUUGAAGUCAUGGAGAUGAAGGAAUCAGUACUAAAGGUGGAUACAAUGGGCGAAAAAAUUCUUAUAAUUACACAGAGAAGUGGUCUCAAGGUGAAAUAUCUGUCGAAAAACAUUCAAACUUUUUGCAAGAACAAGCAUCUGAAGUGUCUAACAGUGGCUCAAAGCAGAGUUUACUUGGGUUGUGCUGAUUCUAGCAUGCAGGAAUUGGACAUAAAGGAAAACCAUAAAACAGAGAUCAGACCACCAACAAACAGCUGGAGGAUGCUAAAUAAGCCAAUAACUUCAGUUCUUGUGUACAAAGAUUGGAUUUACUGUGCAGGUUCAAAUGUCGAAGGAUCUAGCAUCAAGGAAUGGAGGCGGCGGAGCAAACCCCAGAUCUCAAUAGCGACCGGAAGAGGAACAAGUGUGCAAGCAAUGGCAGUGGUGGAGGAUUUCAUUUACUUGAAUUGCAACUCAUCUCCGACUAUAAUUCAGAUAUGGUUGAGAGAAAGGCAGCAAAAGGUGAGCAGAUUAUCAGCAGGUAGCAAGAUAACAUGCCUCAUCACGGCGAAUGACAUUGUUCUAUGCGGUACAGAAUCUGGACUGAUCAAGGGAUGGAUCCCUCUCUGAAG